AUGCUGGAUACUACAAAAUCUCUGAUUAUCAACGGGCUUGUCCUAUACCCAGAAGUUUGGGGUGGUAUCGGAGCUGAGAUUCCCCCUGACCCACUUCAUUACCUUGUCCGUGUCCUUCGCGCAACCACAUCCCUUCGCUCACUUAAAGUAACGCCGAUCGAUGAGCCUCUUGAGCUCGCUGAGAGGGCCGAUUUGAGCCAAGAAUCCGAAUGCUCGAACGAAUUACUGCGCUCGGCCAGCGACCCAGAAUUUCUCCCGAAACUUACACACUUUAGCUUAUUUAAUCCAAAGCAUCCCAACAAGUCCUGUUUAGACGUAAUCCGCCAUGAUCGAGCGGUAGAGUACUACACCGUUUGGAACAUGACUGAUGCACAUGUAAAAGUAUUGCCUGUGCCGAGAAAAUCCGACACUACAGCGCCAGAUCCCCAUCUAUCGUCCCUCUCAGCUUCUCAUUCAUCCCCUCAUCCCCAUUGGCAUGUUUCUGGCCGAGAGGCUGGGCGAUUAAUCCAACAGUCUAUCAAUGUUGGCAACCUUCCUAACAUUGAGUAUUUUGGGUUUCUGGUGCAAUUGUCCGAGAUAGGAGUAGUCGCCGAUAACGAGCUAGUAUCCACGAAUGGCAUUUUUCCUUGGCUCAAGGACGUGCUUGCAACGACUGGAUUUUCUCGACUUCACGCAUUUGAAUUCCACCUCAACUAUCAAUCUCAAACAUGGGACUGGCCAAUUACCCUCGAAGCACAGCGCUUGGGUAUUGAGGAACUUCAAACAGUCGCUCCAACGCUUAAAUCAGUCGGGAUAUCAUCGACGAGAAGCUUUUGGAAAAGGACAAUUCUUCCAAGAGGAAACGCUCCUUUAUAUCCAGAUGUUCCCAACUGGACGCCUUGCCCGAUCCAGGGCUCGAACGAGGACAUGCGCCCCAUGCUUGUAUGGUGGCUUGAUGCGUUGAAUUUCGAUACUUCAGUGGUACAGGAUCGAAGAGCAUUCAAGGAUUUUGCCAAACAUCUAAAUGCUGCAAUGAAUGAACGUUGGGAAGACAUGGCUCCUUCUGAAGCCACUCUGUACAAUCAACUCCUCAGCCAAUUUUAG